GAAUACAAACAACACAAACGCAAAAAUGUAGCAAAGUCUUCAAGGAGUUAUAAGAGGAUACAAUGUUCUUAUACAGAGGAAUCAUGAAAGCAGCACAAAUACAAGACUAUUGAACGUACAGUCAUAGUGUCCAGAAGCCCCGCCCAGACGAUAAACGCAACGGGAAAAAUUUGCACAAAAAUAUAUGUUGCUGUCCCUUUAAAAUGUUCGCCACGCCCCCUGGCGAUGAACAUUGGCUGUUUCAAGCUGGAACGCAAGAAGCGAUCACCGGAUUCGUUACUGUCCCUAUUGGAACGCAUGACGUAGUCAGUGGGCAAGGCCUGUAAGGUAACGUGGUUCCUGGUCGGGGACAGCAUGGCGGAGCUGAAGAUAAACCGCAAGUUCGCCGAGCGCUAUGACCGCUACCGGGAGAAGGAGGAGCUGCAGCGGCAGUCACCUGCUCCCAGCCAGAGUAAAUCUGCUAUCGAGAAGCCCAUGUACCUAAAGGACUACGAAAGAAAAGUCAUCCUGGAGAAGGAAGGUAAAUACGAGGAUGAGGAAAGUUCAGAUGAAGAAGACCAGAUUAUACAGGAUCAGAGAGCUCGAUCUCCAACAUAUAUAGAGGAACAGAGACAGAUUCGAGAAAGUUUCCGUCAGUUUGUUGAGGACAGCGACAAUGAUGAAGAGGAUGGAGAGACCACAGCAAAUCUAUUAACAAGACGCACAAAAACCAAGAAAGAACAAGAGCAGGAGGAAGAAGAAUACAUCGCUUGGCUGAAAGGACAAAAGGACUUGGAAAGUAAAGAUGAAGUGAAGGAAAUGGGUUAUUUGAAGGAAUAUUGGAGCAAUCCUACUCUGGAUGAUGGGGAGAAAUUUCUGAGAGAUUAUAUCCUGAACAAGGAGUAUAAGGAAGACGAGCCGGAGGAAGAGGAGGAGGAGGAUGAAGAAUGCCCCCCAGCAUUGGAGGAGGCGCCACAUGUCUCAGACUCCGAGGACGAAGGGGAACUUUUCUUAAAGAAACAGGAAGAGUUCGAGAGAAAAUAUAAUUUUCGAUUUGAGGAACCCGAUUCUGACUUGAUUAAGACCUUCCCCAGAACUAUUGCACAGUCAGUGAGGAGGAAAGAUGAUCGGAGGAAGAGGAAGCGAGAAGAGAUAAAGGGGAGAAAGAAGCAGGAAAAAGAGAAGAAACAAGAAGAGCUGAAGCAGCUUAAAAACCUGAAGCGUAAGGAGCUGCAGGAGAAGCUGCAGAAAUUACGUGAGUUGACGGGAGAGAAGCAUUUGGGAGUGACGGAGGAGGAUCUGCUGGAAGAUUUUGAUCCUGCCAAACAUGAUGAGAUUAUGCAGAAAUGUUUUGGUGAUGAAUACUACGGUAUAGAGGAGGAUCAGAAGCCGCAGUUUGAGGACGAUGAAGCGCUGGAAGAGGACUGGAAUUGGGAUAACUGGACAGGAGAGGAACAACAAGAGGACAGGGACAAUAUGGAGGUCGGAGAGGAGGAUUCUGCACCUUACUGUGAUGACCCAGACUUUGUGAUGGACGCAGAAUAUGACCCCCAGGCCGCCCCUGUUCCGUCCCGAAAAGAAAAAAAGAGAAUGCGUCUGGAGCUAGAAAAGAACGCAAAGAAGAAAAGGAAGUCCAAGUUUGCGGAAGCUGUGAGCAGACAGAAGCCUGUGUUCAACCCAGAUGAUAAAACCUUCCAGGAGUAUGUGGAGGAGUAUUACAAGAUGGAUUAUGAAGAUAUAGUGGAGGAUCUUCCGUGUCGGUUCAAGUACCGGCAGGUGGUUCCCUGUGACUUCGGACUUUCAACAGAUGAGAUCUUGACAGUAGAUGACAAGGACUUGAACAGAUGGUGUUCCUUAAGAAAAACCUGCAUGUAUAGAUCUGAGAAGGAGGACAUGUUCGACCAAAGUAUCUUCAGCCAAAAGGGACAGAACACCUGGAAGAAGCAGCAGAUCUUGAAGUCCUUGUCUCAGAGUAAUGACGACGAUUCAGAAUCUCCCACCACUUCCAAACAUAAAGUAGGGAAGAAACGACGGGACAGGUUAAAGAACCAGGAGGAGGAGGAGGAGGAGAAGACCAAGGCCCGAACGUCAGCUCCUGCAUCACCAACUCCACCAAAGGUGGAAACUGCUACCCAGAAGAUAUCUCCAAAACCCGAACCAGCACCCAAGGCGGCUACAACGUCUGCGGAGAACCCACCAGACGUGACUCCACGACCGGAGAAGGCCCUGCCGAAACAGAAAAAGGACUCUUUGGUUAAGGCGGCUGAAGCCAAGGUCACAGACCUGUUGUUGAAGGACAAGCAGAAGAAGAAACUGAAAAGAAAGGGCGGGCGUCUGUUAGGUAACAAGCUUCGCCUGGGCGGGCGAGAGUUCAACGGGCAGAGGCUGCGGGCGUACGGCCUGAACCCCAAGAGGCUGAAGUACAGGCAGCUCGGCCGGGAGAGGCGGAAAGCCAAGGAGAAGCAAGAAAAGAAGAAGAGCGGCGCUAAAGCGAAGUAAGACGUUGGGCAUAGAGACAUUCAACAAAUGGGACAUUUUUUUUCAAUAAAAACAAAAAAAGCUUUAUUUCCUCAACUUAAUAAAGCGAUUUUCACAAUAUUAAGAUUUCAUGGUUUUUAUUCCAGUUACUUCAGGACAGCAGAGAGAUACAUUUAGAAUGCACAGCAGGGGGCGCACUUCACCUCUCUGCUGUGGGAGGGGUCAGGUGAUCCCUCUGGGACCAUUCAGAGGAGAGAUUAGUGCUGGUUUGCUGACAACUCCCCCCCCAAUUGCACUCAGUAGUAGUAAAAAUGCUGCAUUGUACCAUUCCUCUGUUAUUCCUCCUGAAAAUGUUUGAUAAAGGACAAGGCUUCACUGCCACAUAAUACUGUAUUGAUGUUAAAGGGGUACUCCACUGGAAAAUAUAUAUGUAUAUAUAACAGAUUUGUAAAUCACUUCUAUUAAAAAAUCUUAAUCCUUCCAGUACUUAUCAGCUGCUGUUAUGAUCCAC